AACCACCGUCAAAAAUCAAAAGGAAGAAGAAAACCUAUCAACAUAGAAGAAGAGGGCGGAGGCCUGCUUGAAAUCCAAGGAGCAGAAAAAAAUAACGCUAAUAUUGAGAAGUUUUGUCCAUCGAUGAGGUUGUGAACGCCUCAUCUGUGUUUGGGACAUUGCUCAAGAUGCAGCACAGUAAUUUGAUUAAAUAGAGUAUCAUGUUGAGAUACUCUUGACACUGGCACACUACCUGACCAUACUUAACAGACAUGCCGUGGUGCCUAAACACCAAGCGGAAAUAUAAGUUUUAACCAUCACACAGUGAAACUGAGUUUUCUUUUUCUUUUUUAUUAUCAUCAGAAAGCAGUUCCUUCUUGUAAACACAACCUCAAAUCAAGCUGUCUUCAUCUAGACCAUGGUAGACAAUCGCUAUGCCACAGCUCUGGUCAUCGGCUCGGUGCUGAGCCUGCUGGCGACAGUGUAUCUCUCCGUGGCUGUGGGGACGCAGCACUGGUACCAGUACAGCUGUCCACCAGUCAAACAUGAGGGGAGCAACGCCUCCAAGCUCGAGUUCCUCUAUGGAGAGUUUGAUGAGAAGACUUGCAGUGAAACCAUGUUCCGCCUGAACGGCACCCUGGGAUUGUGGUGGAGGUGCAUCCUGGUGCCCAGCCAGCCCUACUGGUUCAAAGCGCCAGAGCCGAAGAUGGAGACGCAGUGUGUGAGCUUCACUCUUCCUCAGCAGUUUAGUCCAAAGUACAAAUACCCUAGAAUCCAUAACAACGAAGAGGAUCUGCUGAGAACAUACUUGUGGAGGUGCCAGUUUCUCCUACCCUUGGUGUCUCUGGCUUUGGUGUUCCUCGGUGGCCUUGUUGGGGUCUGCGCCUGCCUGUGCCGAAGCUUCACCCCCACCUUGGGUGUGGGAGUGCUCCAUCUACUCGCAGGUCUUUGCACUCUGGGCACCGUCUGCUGUUUCCUGGCCGGUGUGGAUUUGCUCCAACAGUAUUUGCCACCACCAGAAGGGGUGGAGGGCUCGCUGGGCUGGUCCCUCUACCUCGCCCUUAUCUCCUUUCCUCUGCAGAUGAUGGCAGCUGCUUUGUUCCUGUGGGCGGCCAGGAGUCACCGCAAAAACUACACCCGCAUGACUGCUUACAGGGUAGCCUAAAGAGAGACUACUACGACAACUUCCCUCAAAACAGCUCAAAACAGCCUACUGGUCUGAGGACUUUCUUUAAAAAAAAAAAUCUGGUCUUAUUUCUGGUUAAGGACU